CUAGUAUUAUUGAGAAUUUGCACUAUAAGCAAAUUUAUGAUCGAAGAGAGUGCGAAAAGAACGUGCUGGAAAGUGUUAAGGCAAAGAUGGAAUUAAUACGAGCCAGCAACAGAGAAAAUUACAAAAAGGCGAAUGCUACUAGACAGCAUUCGGAAAUCGAUUCGAGUGAGCAUAUAAGUUCGCAGGACGAUAAUAUUAGCGUAUCAUUACAAAACCCAAUAAAAACUGUUAAAUCAAAAUCUAUAAGCUUAACACACGCAUCACCACCUAAAAGGCGAGACUUACGUCUUCAUCCGCAUGCAGUGCGUACUGGAGACUACUAUAUGUUUGAGGAAUAUAAUGAUAUUGAUGAACCUAAUUUGUACGAAGAGUAUGACUUUCUGGAAAAAGAGGACACACGUCAAAUGCUUAUAUAUUCUAAAAAAAAAUUGGAUCACGGACCGUCCCACGGCAGUAGCGGUAAUAUAAACGACUAUAGCUCGGAUUCUGAAAUUGACUUCGAAACGCAUCCAAUAAUUAAACUAACCGCUGAACUUAUUAUGUUAGUGACGUUUCGGUUAAACCGGCUAUCCCGUAAUUAUCGUUUUGUGCACAAGGUACUCUCGGCAGAGAAAAAGACGUUACAAGACAUUAGUACAAUGAACCGACUUGGACUAGUCAAUACUGCAGCGAUGUUCAGCUUUUUAAAUCAAUCACUUUACGACAAACAGUUGGAUGCUAUUAAUACUCCCCCAAAAGAAUCGACGUUUGAUUUGAUAUCAAAGAGCGAGGAUUUUACGACACUUAAUCAUAAUAAUUUUGUACAAAUGUUAAUUUCUUUGUGGUAUGCAAUUAUCGCCAAUACGGAAGUGGUCAGCUAUUUGGCUGUAUUUGUCAACCAGGCUGCAAACUCCUCAAUAAUUUCAUUACCAAUGCCUUUUCUGGUCCUUUACUGGGGUGCCCUUACAUUACCGCGUCCAACAAAGAAUUUCUGGGUUACUCUUAUCACAUACACGUUGGCAAUGAUUUUUUUAAAGUGCAUAAUGCAUCAAAAAAUUGUUCUUGACCCCAAGCUUAUAAAACUAGCCAAGACAACAGAUUUUGAGCUUUUUUCAAAACAUGGCAAAGCGGUAUAUGAUCUUUUGCUCUUGGUUGUACUAUUCUGGCACCGCUAUAUGCUGAAAAAACAGGGAAUUUGGAACAUACCAAGAUCGGAAACGGACCCGGUACCACUAAACCAAACCAAUAGCAAAACUUUAAGCAAGGAACGACCAACAGAUAUUUUAAAGCGACUAAGGGAAGAGUCAGGAAGUGAACCUAAAGAAACUACUGCCUAUCGUUCUAACACAAGUGAAAUGGAACGGGAUAUUGAUGACUUACUACGACCAGGAAUGGAAAAUAAAUAUGUCUAUCAUAACAUCGAAUCAGAGAACUAUCGUUUUGCCAUGAAAAGUUUAGACCUCAUUAAAAAAGAUUAAAUAUCUUCCGAACUGAUCCAAAAUUAAAUACACCUAUAUUCUAUGACACAAAGGUGGACCUUCUUCUGCAAUAAAUAAAUUUUUUCUCGCUUUACUUCACAAGGCACGUUUAUCUACAGAUGUAUAUACGUUACUGUUCUUAUGUGAUUUUAUAAAUUUCUUUGUCUUGUUAUUUGGAUUCCCAAAGUUUGUGGUAAGUUGAACAAUUGUAUCUUUUGCAAGUCUUACUAUUUUUAAUUAUAUAUGAAUCUUUUCUAA